UGUGAGCUGGUGGCAGUCGAGGUCGAAGCAACUUUGCUAGCAGCAGUAAACAAGGUCAAUGACAAGAGGCUGGCCCGGCAGCCGGACGAGAGGGGUCUCCUCUGCAAAGGUGUGUUUGAUUCGACCACCAUGGCCGGUUCCGGGGAAAACAGCGGUGUCGCCCCUGUGUUCACCGGCGGCUCCAGCGACGCGUGCUGCUCCGCCAGAACCACCACCAUUCGUCUCCGGGACCUUUAUGAUCCCAAGCCUCAGCCUCCCAAAGCCCCGGUCCGGAUCCGCCCUCCGGGUCCGAGGCCCCCGUCGGUGAAGCAGCUCAACCUGAAGCAGGGCUCGCCCGGUGACCCUGCUACCGAGCCCGUCGCCAGGAGACGAGCCCGCUCCCUUCCUUCCUCUGCGGAGAGACAAAAGGCGCAGCGGAGCCUGCAGGUCCGCUUUGUGGACUCUCUGGGCCUCGAGCUGGAGGACGUCAAGGUGUUCAAAGUUCGGGAGCCCCCCUUGAUUCCCCAACACGUGAUGUUCAGGUUGCUGAUGAGCUCCGAGCUGGCUUUCGCCAAGUCGUUGGAGCUGUCCCUCCCUUACUUCAAACCCUGUUUCCCCGAGACCGUCGGCGCUCAGCCGGACUUCCUGGAGCGCCUCGGCGCUCAGGGCGUGUGCCUGGAGCAGGUGGUGUGUUCCGAGCAGGGCAUCACGGGCACCGUGCGAGUGCUGAACCUGUCCUACGAGAAGCGAGUCACGGUGCGCUACUCCUUCACCGACUGGAGGACGCACACGGAGACCGCGGCGUCCUGGACGGAGAGCGGGCACCGCGCCCCGGAGACCGAUUCCUUCAGGUUCCGGCUGCCUGUCCCUCCCUUCCUCCUGCAGCCGGGGGCCAUUUUGGAAUUUGCCAUCCGCUACCGCGUGGCGGGACGCUGUCAUUGGGACAACAACGGCGGACGCAAUUACAAGCUGUCGUGCCACAGCUACACGGUGACUGUGCCGAGGGAGUGCAAGGACAGCAUGCUGCACUUCACCUGAGUGUCCACCGGGGGGGCUGUUACACCUGCACAGGAUGCAGGGGGACAAACAGGCGCAGUGCUUCAGGGGAAGCGUGACCUGCUGCUUCCCUGAGCCUACUGCCGGCGGAAAGGGAAUGAAGCGUGAAACGGUUCCUCUUGUGUUGAACGUAGGAAAGGUUUCAUGUAUUUGUAAUGCAACAGUAAUGAGCAGUGAAAUAACUAAAUGUUUCAAACUCCUCCCAGCUACACGGUUAUAAACUCUUUACGCUUGGACAUGUAUAAAUAUAAAUAUAAUAGAAAUAUUUUAACAGAAUAUAAAAGGUGAAUUUCCAUUUUGAAGUCCCACACACAAGAAGAAUGACUGACCAUAAUUUCCUGUGACACUGAUGAUUGAAGUGUUCCUCUGCAGCCACACUUAUGGACACUAGAUGGCCUCCUUGCUUUAAUAUGUUUCAACCCGAGCUGUAAAGACCAGGAUAAAGGACUUGAGUGGAAAGACCAUUCCAGAUCAUUUACUUCUGGAGUGGAGUCACUACUCAAAUCAAUCAGCUCCACAGUGUAAAUAUCAGUCCCUUUGCCGGGUUUCUCCAAUUCAAUACUAAAAGCGGCGUGGACGCUUAUAUCUAUAAAUCCCUUCAAGUCCCUUCCUCUGUAGGUUGCUUGUAGUUGCUGGAUCCACCGCGUGGCAGUGACCGCGAGGCUCGCCGGGUGGAGGCACGUGCACGCCAGCCAUUGGCAAAGUGCAGCGCGGCCGCAACCAGAGAAGAGUCUCAGUGCAGACGAGGCUCCUGAUGCUCCCAAACCCAAACUAAACAUCUCCUGGGUUGUUUCCCCCGGCCCGGGUGCUCGUUGGUAUCCAUGUUCCUCAUUUGUGGUCCAGUCAUUGCCAGCGGGCGUGUUUUUUGGGGGGCCCGCCGUGCGGAGGCGAGCUGUGUUGGGGGAAGACGCCAAAUCAGGAGGCCCCGUGAUGCUCCGGGGAACUGGCCAGUGAUUGACAUGUAAGAAGCAUACAAACGGAUGCAUCAUUACUAUGAUUUAGUGACAUCUUUAAACCCACCCAAUGACCUGUGUGUCAUUUUGGGAAUAUUAUUGAAGUCUCAAUAACUGAUUUCAUCUCAUGAAUAUUAAUUUGUAUAACAAAUGUCUGCAUAGCGCGUUUUUUCUCUCUAAAUUAUUUGUUGUUUUAGUUGAAUGAGCGUUUUAUUUAUGUCUAAAAAGAAAAAAAAAGCCUAAUUGUCAUGAAUCAAUCAGGCGGCUGAAGGCGUAGCUGGCAGAAAGCAGGCGACGGGCUGAGCGGCGUGACGCGCCGGCCUGGCGCGGGACGACUGAUCGCUGUGGGAGAAGCAGACUGCCGAGCAGUGGAUCACAUGCAGACGUCCUGGCAGCUCAUCAGAAGAUGUUCUGCUCCCGUCGGUCGAUUAGGCCGCACACACGAGAGCACUUAGCGGCAUGAUGUCGGGACGAGGACAAUGAAGACAUUGUGUGGGGAUGUUUUUGCUUUGAGUCGGCGUGAGCUUUGUGCACAUGACCAGAAACACAUCUCUGUCCGUCUGCUUCAAAAUGACUGACAGUAAAAUAAAUCUAAAAAUCUGUGUGUGCUCCGUGUCCCCGAGGAUCGGACGCUGCGGAUUGUUCUUAUGCAACGCAGGAUCAUUUACUGGCAGAGGGAAUAUAAAUGGGAAAAGAUGAAAACUAUUUAUAAUCCUAAGCCUGAUUUUGAACCAGAAGGUGAUCCCGCUUACGGGCCGGGCUGACCACAGCGGACCAAGCGUUCAGCGUCCUCGUCCAUCUGAGGGACACCCGCAGGUGAGGACAUCCCCUUCCCGGGCGGAGAGCGAGCGUCGUCCCCCCCCGGCCCUCCCACGCUGCUCCACGGGGCGAUCUGGGAUGAUCCGGCCACCCAACCCGCCCCGCCGUGCAGCUCUCUGGACCGUGAGAUGGUCCGGUCCAGAAGCGCCGUCGCCAUCUGUUCCUCCGCCAGCGCCGAGGACGGCGGCGGUGACUCACCUCACGUGCGCGUCGCUGUCGGGGAAGAAGCUCAGCAGCAAAAAAACUGCACUGCCAAUGCGACCACGCCUGGGUUCUAUUUGUUAAUAUGAGUAUGUGGUUUUGGACCCACGCCGCCGCCGAUUGUCCCAAAGGAUUUGCAGUGGGUCAGAACUAAUCCUUUGAUUCUGGUUCCCCCGUCAGUAACACGCAGCGGAGAGCAAACAGCGGCUGGAUCAACAUCUCGCUCCAAAACCGGAGCCGAAGUCUGUCGGGUGGCCUUGUUUUCUCGAGGGGAUUUGAAGCAGGUCACCGAGCUUUCUCUCUCGUGAACGAGCGGCCGCGUGAUCUCAGGUUCAACUCCGCUUCCACGUUAUUAUCCGCUUACCGGGACGCCGAGAUAAACCCAGAGGAUUACAACCCGUUUAUGAUGCUGAGUCAGCGGUCAGCAGCCUAAUCGGACCUCUCGGAGCGCCGCGCAAAACACAGAGGAACAUAAAACACGGACCAGGGUUGUUACAAAUUGAAAACCUGUAUUGUGCAGACAAUAAAUAGUGCUUACAAAGGGAA